CGACAGAAUACAGUACUAAAUUUCUUUGCAUAAUACUUGUUGACCUUGUACGAAAUAACUAUAUCCACCAUGUUGCGUCUGUAUUCGACGUUUUUAAUACUGACAGGAUCGUUUAUAUCAGUGAACAAUGUUUCUGUUAUAAAAAACAAUGAAACGCUAAUAACUGAAAUGCUUCUAAAAGCUCUUGGACCGUGGCCGACAAAUCGACCCGUACUUGACCCGACUACAGUAGUCAAUGUAAAUCUGUCUUUUGUGUUAACUCAAAUUAUUGAGCUGAAUGAUAUUGAACAGGAAUUGAAAGUCGCUGGCUGGUUUAAAAUGCAAUGGGAAGACGAGCAUAUUAGCUGGGAUGCGUCAAAAUACGGUGUAAAUUGUGUUACUCUUCCCGUAGAAAGUAUCUGGAAACCCGACUUAACUCUGUACAAUAACAUUGACGAGGAAUACAAUCAGUUUCCACCGAAUGCCCCAGUAGUGGUGUGCUCAAACGGAAGUGCAGUAUACUCAACGUAUGCUAUAUUCCGAAGUUCCUGUCAUAUUCAUAUCCAGUUAUUCCCAUACGAUAAUCAAACAUGCACCUUACGAUUUGCUUCGUGGAUAUAUGAUGUUUACGAGUUAGAUGUUCGCCCAGAGUUACGCACUGCAGAUCAGAACGAUCAGUUCGAUGACCACGGGGUUUGGUAUCUUCUUGGAGUAGAUGGAAAACGCGAAGUGGUGCAAUACAAGACGACCUUUAACCCAUAUGUGCACACUGUCUUUUAUAUUCACCUCAGUCGACGUCACGAGUUUCAGUUACUUUUUAUAUUGAUACCUUACUUUUUCUGCUCCUUUCUCAUCUGUUUGAUGUUCUUUGUUCCGUUUGAGAGUGGUGAAAAAAUAUCGUACGGAAUCACUGCUGUUCUAGGAAUGAUUGUCUUCCAAGAAAUAAUUGCGUUUUCACUGCCACCGGUUGGAAAUGAAUCUUCGUUUGUUGGAAAGUAUUUUACAUCAGUGUUCUGUAUUGGAAUCAUAUCGGUCUUUGUGGAAAUCACAGUUUAUAACAUUUACAUGCAAGGGAAUGUGUACACGGCAUGUAUGUUUGUACUGAACUGGUAUCGCACUCAAACUAGAGUCGCUUCAAACGGACCAAUCAACAUCUAUGAAAUGGGAGAGACAGAAGAACCCCAAAUAGAACAAGGCAACACGACAACAGCGUCAUCAGCGACUGAGCACAUAAUAAAACUAAGACGUAAUUGUGCUAUAUUUGAUUUCUGCUUUGGAGUUUUGUGUCUUACUUUGUUACUUAUACUUAUGAUGUGGUUUGCAAAUAGACCUAAAUAAAUGUUCUAUUUAUUUAAUAGGAUAAAAAUAAUGCAAAGUGAUUUCGCAUUUGAAUUGAUAUAUAUGUUUGGAAAAAUCUUAUUAAUAUUACUUUCAAUAAUACUGGUCGUAGAAUCAUAUCUAGUUGGAACAAAACUGUACUUAAUGGACCCAGUUUGCACACAAUAAAUUAUCAUGUGCUCUAAAUGAAUCAAGGGACCUUUUUUUAAAAAUAAGAACAGGGUGUUACAUCGAUGUCACUGACAAAAUGUAUAAAGUAGAAAGAUGUAGGAAAAGUGGUUCGUAAUUUUCGCAACAUUUCCACUAGGGGAGCUUUAUAAGGUCUGUUUAAUAAAAUUGUAGAACAAGUAGUAAAAUUCGUAUACAGAGGAAUAUCUAAAUAAUACAAUGUGGUUUUAACAAUUUUUCACAAUGUUUUAUUGUUUAAUUCGUUGCGUAAUUAUUAUAUGUUUUUAAACUUUGACAAUAAUGCCAUCAUACUUUUAUAAUAAUUAUAUUAAUUAAUAAUUAUUACAAAUAUUUUAAUGUACUUUGUUAUA